AUGGGUAAGAACAAUACCAUCAUCAUAGCUCUUGCUAUGGUUUUAAUCACCGCUAUGAUGAUGGAAGAAGCUAAGAGCUAUCCUAUAUGUAACACCGACACAAACGACUUGCAGAACUGUUAUCCAGCUGUAACUGGAGACAGCCCGCCGGGACCCGACUGCUGCGCUGCCGCAAAAUCCGCUGAUCUUGAAUGUCUCUGCCCGUACCUCACCCAGUCCGGGCUUGACCCAUCAAAAGUCAAGAGUGUUCUGGCCAGUUGUGACGUGGACAAUCCUUCCGGUUUGCCAUGGUAA